CCGUCGCCGCCUCGUUGCAAGGGUCCUUCCUUCCCUGCCCUAACCGGACCCCACCCACCGACCGCUCCUCCCUGCUGGAUUCCCGUUCCGGCCAGUUCGGCACCGACCCCUCGCUGGAUACGCGGCCCCGGCCAUGGCCGGAGGCGCCGGUCGGAGGGACGCGGAGGCCGCCGUGAGGAUCGGCAGCGGCAACGUGUUCGCCGCGCUCGAGGCGCUCAAGAAGAAGAAGAAGAAGAAGCCGUCCGCAUCGGCGUCCACUCCGGGGCGGAAGGUGAAUGGGACCAAGAAUGCCGCCGCGGCAGGGAAGGGGGAGGAGAACGCGCCGCGGCCGCCGCCGGAGGUUUUCUGGGCGCCCGCGCCGCUCAAGUCGAAGUCGUGGGCCGACGUAGAGGACGAGGACGACGAAGACUACUUCGCCACCACCGCCCCUCCGCGUCCCGUCUGGGAAACCGCCUCCGCCGCCGCGGACGGCAAGGCCGGCGCCGAGGAGGAAACUGAGAGUGAAGAUGAUGGUCUUGAUGUUGACGUGGGUGAUGAUGAGCUAGAGGAACCUGAGCAUGGACAUGAAGUUGAUGUACCAUCUGAACCUGAGGUUAAAGAAUCUGCUCCAGUGCCUGUACAUUCUAAAGACACAGAAAAACAACUUUCAAAGAAGGAAUUGAAGAAGAAAGAGCUUGCAGAACUAGAUGCUGUUCUGGCCGAGUUGGGGAUUUCUGAAAAUGCUACACUGGCUGACGUCACGAGUAAAUCUGAAAGAAAGCCUGAUGGACAGAAAGGAGAUGGGGAUAAGAAGGGUCUUCCUGUACCAUCAGAAAGCAAGACUUCGAAAAAGAAGAAACUAAGGAAGGAGAAACCAUCUAAGGAUUCCAAAGACCAGCCCAAUGAAGUGGAUUCCAGCAAGGACCAUGGAGAGGCGGCCGAUGAUACAAAGUCUGGAGAGGAAGCUACCGCUGUAGACUUGAAGGAGAAGAUGAAGAAGAUAGCUGCAUCGAAAAAGAAAAAAUCAAGCAAGGAGGUGGAUGCUGCCGCCAAGCACGCUGCGAUGGAGGCCGCCGCUAGGAGUGCGAAGCUCGCUGCUGCAAAGAAGAAAGAGAAGAGCCACUACAACCAACAGCCCGUGCGAUAGACCGCCUUCAUCUCGAGCUUCAGUAUAAG